CAUAUAUAAUACAGAUAAUCUUGAUUUGGAUGCCCUUUUAGGCUUUCUCACAAAGUGUAGAUUUUGGGGGCCUUUGAAUUGCUUCACAUUUUCCAGCUGGGUCUUUUCCCCCUCCCAACAAACCUUUCGCAAGAUUUUGUUGAUUUCUCGUUAUUUACUCUCCAGAUUUUGUCUGUGGGAUAUGAUUGAUGACAUACCAUCUAUGAAUCGAUUUUCCCCUUUAAAUCCCAAGAUUUUUUCAUUUUGAUGGCUCAGAAGGGAAAAUGGCCCAAGAUGAACAUUUUGUGAGCAGUAGCAAUAGUGGCGGCGAUGGAGGAGCUGGUGGUGCCGGCAGCGCCGGCGCCGGCACCGGCAACAACAGAUCAAAAACCCCAAAGCCGAAAAAGGUCCCACAGAGAGGAUUAGGGGUUGCCCAGCUCGAAAAGCUUAGGAUAGAGGAGCAAAGAAAAAAGGAAGCUUUGCUGGCUGCAAAUGUUCUUGCUAAUAACGCGAUUGGGCCUGGCAACGAGUCCCUUCAGGCCCAGAACAUUGGCGGAGGACCAACUCCUAAGUCCCUCAGCCCGUUGGGCCCGGCCCAUAUGACGAGUGAUUGUGGUGAGCAUACAUUGUGGAGUGGAGAGUGUAAUAGCAGUCUUGGAGAAGGAGGAAUGGAGAAUCAAAAAGUUGUCGUUGAUAAUGCUGGAUUUUUGUUUGGUGGUCCCCAAGUUAAUGUUAAUUUGCGAAGGCCGUACCAAUUUCAAAGGCCUCCUUCUCAAAUGAUGAAUGUGUCUAGUGGGAAUUCACCACCACCUAUAUCGAGUUCUCAAAUAGAGCCCCCUUCAAUUCAAAAUGUUCGUGGUAAUAACUAUACACCAUCGUGGCCUGAGGAUGAUAAGAUUGUUGGCAUCAAGAGGUUGUACCCUUUCUCUCUAGAAGGCCCGCCAAUCCCUUCUUUCCUGGGCGGCAAUUUUCACACUACAUACGGUGAAUUAGCUUCGUGUAGCAAUGAACCAAGAAACAAAUACACAAGAGAUUGUGCUUCAAACUCAACCCUGUCCGUGCAGAACCCAAGUGAAGAUGAGAGGCUAAUUGGAGGUUUUCUAAGUUUGGCACCGCCUUCGAACACAAAGAACAAGCAUCAGCCGUUGGAUCUCUUGGGCCAUAAUCAUCAAGGGCCGAAUUUAUCGGAUUACAAAAGCUUGUCUACUCAGGAAAACAUCAAAAGCAGCCAAAGUCACCAGCUGGGAACAAGCUCGUCAAAAGAACAGGCUUUCACCUUUUUCCCAAUUAAGUCGCAAACAGAGAAUUCGAGAAAUGGCAAUGGGGACAAGGGAGAAAAACUUGAUCUGAAUCUGAAGCUAUAGAUUGGUUUUUUUGCUUACUCUUGUAAUGGACAAACUUGUAAUUCUGCAACUUUAGAAGAAGCUUGCUCAUGUGACUUAACUUGUGUGAAACGAUCUUAUUUGUUUUUCGUUC